GGGCGGCGGGCGGGCCCCAGACCGAACACCCGGGUUUGCGGGAGAGGGCGAAGUGGGGGCAGCUCCACGCCCCUGGCCAGUGGGCUGUGCUCGACGCCGCCCUCGGUCGCUAGGCGAGUCUAAAGCUGCAGCCACAAAGGGAGAUUCGUGGCGUGGGCCCCUGACUUCCCCUCUGGAGCCCGCCCACCCUGAGCUUCGCUUCUUGGAACUUCCUCCUUGCUGCUUUCCUUCUGUCCUCUCUCUUCAUCUUUUCUUCCAGAGCUCUCUUCCCUGACCCGGUAAACAUCUUCCCCUCUCCCCCGUGAGUAAUGGGUAUUUAUAGAAACAGAUCUGUGGUAGGGGACAGCUAGGCCGCCCUGCCCGGAAAAUCGAUCCCCCAAAGAGCCUCUGAGGCCUGGCUCCAGCCUUCGGGGAGCACGGCCAAUUGUCCCCCGCGUGUAUAAGCAUGUUUUAUGAGUGCUACAGGUUUGAGCACAGCAGAAAUUAUAAUUAACAUUAACAGAAAUAAGAGCCACUGUAGCAGUCAAAACAAAACAAGCCACCCUAGUAGGAUUCUGUAGUCGGAGAUUAUUCAGAAGGAAAGGGGUAAUAGCUUUGCUUUGUAGGUGGCAAGGAAGGGCACCUGACAGUUGCUGUCUUUCUCAGAGGGCCAGAAGGGAGGGGGAGCCCAGCAAGGGACUGGUGGCUGCAGAGAUUGGUGAACUGGGUUCCACUUCGCCAUGAGCAUUUUCUCAGCAGACAGGGAUCACCCUAGGAUGGUGACUGCCAGCCUGGAAGAAGCGUGGACUCCAAGCAGAUUGGCGGCAGUAAGCACACAAUGAAUGAUCACCUGCAUGUCAGCAGCCACAGCCACGGACAGAUCCAGGUUCAGCAGCUGUUUGAGGAUAACAGCAACAAGCGGACAGUGCUCACAACACAACCAAAUGGGCUUACAACAGUGGGCAAGCCAGGCUUACCAGUAGUGCCUGAGAGGCAGCUAGAGAGCAUUCACAGACGCCAGGGGAGCUCUACCUCCCUUAAGUCUAUAGAGGGCAUGGGGAAAGUGAAAGCCACACCCAUGACACCUGAACAAGCAAUGAAGCAAUACAUGCAAAAACUAACAGCCUUUGAGCACCAUGAAAUUUUCAGCUACCCUGAAAUAUACUUCUUGGGUCCAAAUGCAAAGAAGCGCCAGGGCAUGACAGGUGGGCCCAACAAUGGUGGUUAUGAUGAUGAUCAGGGAUCUUAUGUGCAGGUGCCCCAUGAUCAUGUGGCUUACAGGUACGAGGUCCUCAAGGUCAUUGGAAAGGGGAGUUUUGGACAGGUGGUCAAGGCCUAUGAUCACAAAGUCCACCAGCAUGUGGCCCUGAAGAUGGUACGGAAUGAGAAGCGCUUCCACCGGCAAGCGGCAGAGGAAAUCCGGAUCCUGGAGCACUUGCGGAAGCAGGACAAGGAUAACACCAUGAACGUCAUCCACAUGCUGGAGAACUUUACCUUCCGCAACCACAUCUGCAUGACGUUUGAGCUUCUGAGCAUGAACCUCUAUGAGCUCAUCAAGAAGAAUAAAUUCCAGGGCUUCAGCCUGCCAUUGGUCCGCAAGUUUGCCCACUCAAUUCUGCAGUGCUUGGAUGCUUUGCACAAGAACAGAAUAAUUCACUGUGACCUUAAGCCCGAGAACAUUUUGUUAAAGCAGCAGGGUAGAAGCAGUAUUAAAGUGAUUGAUUUUGGUUCCAGUUGUUAUGAGCAUCAGCGUGUCUACACAUACAUCCAGUCUCGCUUUUACCGUGCUCCGGAAGUGAUCCUUGGGGCCAGGUAUGGCAUGCCCAUUGAUAUGUGGAGCCUGGGCUGCAUCUUAGCAGAGCUCUUGACAGGUUACCCCCUCUUGCCCGGGGAGGAUGAAGGGGACCAACUGGCCUGUAUGAUUGAGCUGUUGGGCAUGCCUUCCCAGAAACUGCUGGAUGCAUCCAAACGAGCCAAAAAUUUUGUGAGCUCCAAGGGUUACCCCCGUUACUGCACUGUCACUACUCUUUCAGAUGGCUCUGUGGUCCUCAACGGAGGCCGUUCCCGGAGAGGGAAACUGAGGGGCCCACCAGAGAGCAGAGAGUGGGGGAAUGCACUGAAGGGAUGUGACGAUCCCCUUUUCCUUGACUUCUUAAAACAGUGUUUAGAAUGGGAUCCUGCGAUUCGCAUGACCCCUGGCCAGGCUUUACGGCACCCUUGGCUGCGGAGGCGGUUGCCGAAGCCUCCCACUGGGGAGAAGACGUCCGUGAAAAGGAUAACCGAGAGCACUGGUGCUAUCACGUCGAUUUCCAAGUUACCUCCACCUUCCAGCUCAGCUUCCAAACUGAGGACUAAUUUGGCACAAAUGACAGAUGCCAAUGGGAAUAUUCAGCAGAGGACAGUGUUGCCAAAACUUGUUAGCUGAGCUCGAGUCCCCUGAUGCUGGUAAUCUGAAAGAUACGACAUAGCUGAGCCUUACUGGGUUGAAAAGGAGUAGCUCAAACCUGUUUUUAUUUGCUUAAUAACUCAUUUGUAUCUUCUCAGCACUUAAUUUUAAUGUAAGAAAGUUUUUGUUUCAUUUUUAUAAAAUAUAUGGGGACAGUGCUUUAAGUUUUUAUACUUUCUGAAACUCUUUUUUUGUGUUCUAAAAGUACGAUGAGCCUUACUGUAUUUAGUGUGGCAGAGUAAUAACAUCAGUGGCAGGCCAUUGAUUACGUCAUAACUGCCGCGCAUUUACAGAUUGGUCAAAGAAAUUCACUACGUUUUUAUGGUUCCUAUAAUAUUCUCUCCAGGGUGAUGGCCUCUUCCUCUCUCCACACUCCAGGUUCAUGCACAGAUGGGGCAUGUCCUGCUUCCAUUUUCUGUAAAUUAAUCUUGGCAGUUGUGCAGGUAGAAGAAUGGUCACCAUGAAAAUGAUAUUCUAAGAAAAACUGCACCUUAGAGAUGGUUUUUCCUCAAACAAAUACAAAAUAAGAUCCCCAAGGUUUAAAUUGCUCAGUUAGCAUUCUGACAUUCUAAAAACCGGCAAAGCAGCGUUUAGUGGAUAAAUAGAAACGGAAAUGUAUGCGUUUCUCCAGAUUUUCUAACAUGAUCAGCAAACUGUUUUGCAAGAAGCCUCCUAUUAGAAAAUUGGGUUUGCACCUAAUUUUAGAAAUGUAUUCCACGACUAUUCCUCACUUCUGUUUGCUCUUCUCUCUGUUCCUCUUUUACCGCACAUCUGUUGCCUGCAUUUAGUUUGUCUUCUUCCUUUAAUUGUAUGUCCUAGACUGUCAGUACAGAGACAUUUCAGCUGUGAUUGUGACCAUCGUUUCAUAUUCCAGUGUAAAAAAAGAACAGCAGCCUAGCUACUUAAGGUGGGGAUUUCAUAGUUCCAAAGAAGAUUUAGCAGGUUAGAGUGAGUUCACAUGUGUUAGGUGCCACUAUAAGGUUCCCUUAGCCCGGGAAAAUACCAAUUCUUUCUUUAAAAAGAAAGAAGGUUGAAAGUCCUCUUCAUGAACAGAAAUCACUGUGGUCCUUCAAGAAGGCAAUUUUAACAUCACAUUUAAAGGGGAGAACUUCAACCUCAAGUUAAAUGGUUUGACUUAUUCUUUGCAUUUAGAAGAACUACAGAAAUUGCAUUCCUCUGUUUUAUUUUACAUGCUUUUGGAUUGCACUGAUUGUUUUUGUGGGAAUGACACUUUACCUGGAAAACUAACUGAGAGUUAGGAAAAAGAAUAUUUUCUCUGAAUAAUAAUUAUUUUCACAGUGAAAAUUCAGUAUUUUAUCACUAAUGUAUGAGCAGUGAUAUACGUAUAUCAAUUUCAAGGCACGUGGAAAAAUUUUUUAGUAUGUGCAAUUUAAUAUAGAAAGAUUUCUGCCUGUUUGAACAAUAGGUUUGGGGUAGUAUAAAUUAGGAUAAAUAAUCUUUUAUAUGCACAGAUAAUAUUGUAUUGCCUGUAAAUUGAUUUACAAAUACUUAAAGCGUGGUCCCCAGUGAGGCCAAGAAAGUUUCCGGUUAAGUUCUUUUCAUAUUAAUCCUACAAUUUCUCUUACUUAAAAAAAAAAAAAAAUGUAGUUUUGAACAAAACAUUUUACUUAUCUUGAGGCUUUGCCGGUUGAUGGUGGAAAAAUAUAUGCUCAGGUAAUAUUUCAGAUAUUUGCCAAAAAACAGAAGAUUAGCUUAUUAGUAAGAUAGUAAUAUUGGUAUUUGCUUUACUAUUUAAGGGUGUCACUGAUAAAUUAAUUUGUACUUCUGUAUUUAGAAAUUAUAGCUUAUCUCCCCUAGUCAAAAUCUUUAGCGUGUUCUACACGUUUCUGUGUAAUCUGUGAAAGUGCAAUAAUCUUAGUAAGUGACAUUUUAAAUGAUGCUCUUAUAAUGAUACCCCAGUCAGUGGCUUAUAGGGCUUAAAGAUCUGUGUGUUUAGUAAGAUUUUGGCUUAAAGGUGUAAGAAGUGGAAGGCUUGGUUUGGUGGCUUUCUACAACCACAAGCCUCUUAAUAUUCAUUAAGGUUAGUUCUUUAACUCAUAAAGAUUAUUUCCCCCUUCCCAUUAAUGUUUCUCUUUUAUUUCCACUCUUAUUUUCACAUUUAAGUUCAAAUAUGUGAGCCUGAGCCUGCCAUUAUUUAUUUCCCUGUAAAAUGAUUAUACAUGUGAAAUUUUAUAAAUGAAUUAUUACUGCUUGUCUUCACCCACCACACAAAACUGGUUCUUAUGAUGCCAGCAGUGCAUUUGUGACUAUCUUUAUGCACAGAUGCAACCGGAAACUUUUAAGCCAAAAUAUAAUGUGCAGUGCUAUGGGACUUUCUUUUUGGUCCAGUACAGUGAGAUUUCCUUUAUUCACAAGAGCCACUAUAUUUCAGCAUUUAGUGAUAGAACUGCUUUUUAAAAAUUCUUUGAUUUUAAUGUCAGAAACAAAAAUGUUGCAUCUUUGUGAUUUUUAAAGGUAAAUAAAGGGCUCUCCAAUAAGCUACUAGGAAUUGGCUUGGAAACAGUCCUUGGUCUCACAGGUUACCAUUGUCUAGGGAUGUCUGAGCUGUUUUCGGAUUUAGGAAUAGCACAGUGUUGUCUUGUCUUGGGUUGCAGUCUCAUUUGGCUCCAUUUCUUGCAGCACCUGAGUGUUCAUUACCACUUAAGUGUAUUGCUACAGCAGUGGAACAACAGAGUGAUGCAAGACAGUGUAGAUUAACAGUAGAGGAGAAAUUGUGCCCUUAGUGUUAACAAUGUGCCUUUUGUUCUGAAUGCCAUGUUGUAGGGCAUGCAUUUUUUGGCCUCUUUAACUCUUCAAAUACUAGGCAGUGAGGAUGGAACCCACCUCUGCAAAGAUACAUCUGUCUUAAAUACCUAGUUACAGGCCUUAAUACAAACCAUAAGGCAUGAAUCACCAACAGGCGCUGAACAAGAUAACCAUCAGUUAGCUGCACAGGUAAUUCCUAUAUUUAAGGGGUUAAAGGUGGUCUUUGUUGUAUCUUAACAUCAGACUGAUUUUUUAAAUGAUAUUUUUUGUUAUGCUAACACUAGACAAAAAUCAACUGUAUUUGUAAAAAUUUACCUCAAACCAUUUAAUUUUAUAGUGUGAUUAAUCCCAGGGCAUUUGGUAUGAACCAAAGUGCAUUCCUUUUCUAUGUGCCUGGCUGUAGUAAGGAUGGCCAGGGAUUUUUACAAUUUGGGUGCAAGGCACUUAAGCCACUUUUAAACUUGAUGGGUGGUUUGGAGUCGUGUUAAAUGACUCCAUCAGAAUGUUAGAAAACACUUUAGGCAUCAGUAGCAUUGGGCCAUAUUGGAAUCUUAAAAGUGUGAAUUAUUUUAAAGAGAGCAUUCAUUUUUGUAAUUUUUUUCAUCAAGAAUAUUUCUGGUAAGCAGAAGACUUUUUAACUGAUUUGGUUGGUAAAGGUUUUAAUAUUGCCCAACAUAAUGCUGUGGUAGCAUUUAAAAAAGUAUUUGUGAACUCUUGUUUCUUAGGGGCUUGUACAUCUCUCCGCUAUGGACAUAUAUAAAAUUAAUUGUAAUUAUACUCAGCUCAACUGCUACAGUUAUGUCUAGGCAGUGGCUUGGGUUUUUAUCGAGCAACAACUUAGACAUGUGACUGUAAUAUGCUGCAACUGUGUGUACUGAAAAUAUGUGAAAAUGGUUGAAUGUGGACUGUGUAUAUAUGUAUGUAAAAAUUUCUGUGAGAUGCUGCUGUCGCCACUUAACAUGGAAAAUGUUCUAGUGGAUUUUAAUCCUAGUGGCCAGUUCUAUGAUACUGUAUGUAUUGUACAGCUGAUGACAGGAGUAAGACUGUUUAGUGAAUAUUUGUUAAAUUUUAUUGUUGUGGCCAGAGAUAAUUUCAGAAUAAAAUAUUAAUGUCCUACCUUA